AGGUGGGCCCCACUUCCAUCUGAAGAGAACAUGGCAGCCGUUUGUGGGUGCAGUUCUGUAUUUGAAGGGCAGUCAGCGGAGAGUGCUCUGCUUGAAGGGCCAUGCAAUCCCAGAUCUGGUUUGAAGAGGAAGAAGCAUAAGGACAGAGAGGAGCAGCCUUGAAGUUGACCAUCACCCCUGAGAAGACUGAGCCGGAACACAGGUCACGGGGCCAGUCUUCCCCAUUAUGUUGCCCGGAUGCUGAUGUAAGGGGAGAGCUCGAGAGAUCCCUUCAGAUUGCAGUGAGAGGAGGUGAAGGACCAGAGCAGAAGAGGCUCUCCACCAGCAUCUUUCAUCCACGGCAACAGCAGCACCAACAGCAGCAUCCUUGGCUGGACCAGCUGGAUGAUGCUGGUACCCGGACUGUAGCAUCCUUCAUCCUUCUCUCGCCUCCCUUUCCCUCCCUGAUGCCGAGAGCAUCCCCCUCCCCCUAAAUCCUCCAGGAUGCCGGCCCCGGUAUUGUCCCUAUAGGGGGAUAUCAGGGGGGCCUUGCCUUGCCGUGCCUCUCCCCUCCCCUCCCCACCCCACCCCACCCCAAAUCCCCCGUCUCUUAUUGUUGCUCAGAAGGGUGACAGACAAAAGCCAUGUCCGGUGGCAAAGAGGCAGGUGGGGUCCACCCCUACCAGCCACAACAGAGCCAGCAGCAUGCUCAGUAUGUGGGGCCCUACCGGCUGGAGAAGACACUGGGGAAAGGGCAGACUGGUCUGGUGAAGCUGGGCAUACACUGCAUUACAGGGCAGAAAGUGGCGAUUAAGAUUGUGAACCGGGAAAAGCUUUCGGAGUCAGUACUGAUGAAGGUGGAGCGGGAAAUUGCCAUUCUGAAGCUGAUUGAACACCCCCAUGUGCUCAAACUCCAUGAUGUCUACGAGAACAAAAAAUAUUUAUACCUUGUCUUGGAACAUGUCUCAGGAGGGGAACUCUUUGACUACUUGGUGAAGAAGGGACGCCUCACACCCAAGGAAGCCAGGAAGUUUUUCCGACAAAUUGUCUCAGCUUUGGAUUUCUGCCAUAGCUAUUCUAUAUGCCACCGAGACUUGAAGCCGGAGAACUUGUUGCUGGAUGAGAAGAACAAUAUCCGGAUUGCAGAUUUCGGCAUGGCCUCCCUGCAGGUCGGAGAUAGCCUGCUGGAAACAAGUUGUGGUUCUCCUCACUAUGCAUGUCCUGAGGUGAUCAAGGGGGAGAAGUACGAUGGACGUCGCGCUGACAUGUGGAGUUGUGGAGUCAUCCUCUUUGCCCUGCUGGUGGGAGCGCUACCCUUUGACGACGACAACCUACGCCAGCUGCUUGAGAAGGUGAAGCGGGGGAUCUUCCAUAUGCCCCACUUCAUCCCGCCCGACUGCCAGAACCUCCUGCGGGGCAUGAUUGAGGUGGAGCCCGAGAAAAGACUAAGUCUGGAACAGAUCCAGAAACACCCGUGGUUCUUGGGUGGUAAGAAUGAACCAGAGCCAGAGCAGCCAAUUCCUAGGAAGGUGGCCAUCCGACGGAUUCAGUCAGUCAGCGAGCUGGACCCCGAUGUGCUGGAGAGCAUGCACUCCCUUGGCUGUUUCCGCGACAAGAAUAAGUUGAAGCAGGAGCUGCAGACCGAGGGGGAGAACCAGGAGAAAAUGAUCUACUAUCUGCUCCUUGACCGCAAAGAGAGAUAUCCCAGCUGCGAGGAUGAGGAUCUGCCUCCACGCAACGAUGUUGACCCUCCUCGGAAGCGAGUUGACUCACCCAUGCUGAACCGACACGGGAAGCGCCGACCUGAGCGGAAGUCCAUGGAAGUUCUGAGCGUCACCGAUGGCGGUUCUCCCGUUCCGGCCCGACGGGCCAUAGAGAUGGCACAACAUAGCCAGCGGUCUCGAUCUGUAAGUGGUGCCUCCACUGGCUUAUCCUCCAGUCCCCUCAGUAGCCCCAGGGUCACCCCCCACCCCUCCCCUCGGGGAAGCCCCCUCCCCACUCCGCUCGGCACCCCUGUGCACACGCCCAAAGAGAGCCCCAGCGGCACCCCCGGAGGGACGCCGCCAAGCAGCCCGGGCGUGGCGGGCGUGGCCUGGAAGACCCGCCUGAACUCCAUCAAGAACAGCUUCCUGGGCUCCCCGCGCUUUCACCGCCGGAAACUACAAGUUCCUACACCAGAAGAAAUGUCCAGUCUUACUCCAGAAUCAUCCCCUGAACUAGCCAAGAAAUCCUGGUUUGGGAAUUUUAUCAACCUAGACAAAGAGGAACAAAUUUUUGUGGUCAUCAAAGACAAACCCCUGAGCUCCAUCAAGGCUGAUAUCGUACAUGCCUUCCUCUCGAUCCCCAGCCUGAGUCACAGCGUUGUAUCCCAAACAAGCUUCCGGGCCGAAUAUAAGUCGUCGGGCGGCCCCUCUGUCUUCCAGAAACCCGUCAAGUUCCAAGUCGACAUCAGCUACUCCGAGGGUGGGGAGGCGCACAAGGACAGCGGGAUCUACUCGGUCACCUUCACUCUCAUCUCAGGUCCUAGCCGCCGGUUUAAGCGAGUUGUGGAAACAAUCCAGGCGCAACUGCUCAGCACACACGACCAGCCUUCUGUGCAAGCCCUCGCUGAUGAGAAGAACGGGCAGCAGUCCCGCUUGCCAGGCACUCCAACCCGCAGCUGCCAACCGUCUCGGCGCUCCGAAUCCGACGUCUCGUCCGAACACCAUCGACGCGGCUCCAAGGACAAGAAGCUCGUCUCGUCCAACGGGACUCAAGUCCAGCAGCCACCACCCCCGUCUCCACAGCAGCCGUGACGUCUGGGGCAGGGGGGCAGCCUGAGGGCGGCUAGGGGGAAGAGCAGCCGAAGGAAGCCCACUCCGCGCCCCUGGAAAUAGCUGGCAACCGCUCCAGAUGGACAGGAGGAGCCAACGAACCUGGACGGAUGGGUAAAAGGCCCCGCACCAGAGACGCAGGCAGGGCGGG